AUGAAGAUCCAAAUGAGCCUUCCCUUUUUCAUCUUGGCAGCAGCAGGUGUUCCCAACUCUGUUUCUGCAAUCAAGGGUGCUUCAGCCAAGAUUGCGGUUGAAGACAACCAUGAAAUUCAACCAAGAAGGCUUCGAGCUCUAAAAUCCAACAAAGGAAGUGUAGCAAGAGAUGGAUUGAUUGAGAUAAAGCCUUGUGUCCCCUGGUCUUCUGUCUCAGAGGCACAAAAGACAAACCCCCAAACACAGCAUAGCUGCGCCAGUAACCCUCCAUCCACUGGUGGGUGCUGUCGUGACUACCACUGGCUGCUAUGGGAUACUACCAACAGCUAUCCUUAUGUUCCAUGCAUUUGCAAUGACAUGACACAGGAUCCAGCCAGCUUUGUUCCAUCCACACUUCCACCAUUUUCCAGCAACAACGGAAACAGACACAUGCUUGAGGAACCAACUCCCAAUAGCAAAGAUGAUGCUGAGAAGGAUAACAAUCGCAUGCUUCAAAAGAAACCUUCUGGUCGCAAUGGGAAUGUUGAAAGUGAAGGAUUGAAGGAGAUCAGGCCCUGCAUCCCAUGGUCUUCCAUUACAGAAGCACAAAAGACAAAUGCUGAGAGUGACAGUGUCUGUGCAACCAAUGCUGCCAGCACAAAGACAGGAGGAUGUUGCCGUGCUUUUGUGUAUCUAUUGUGGGAUGACAACAACAGCUACCCCAAUGUGGAUUGUAUCUGCAAUGACAUUACACAAGACCCCGCCAACUUUGUGUCCGACACCAAUCCCCCAAUUGAUAUCAGCGGUACAGUCUCUGAACUCCGCAACACUGAGAAGGACCAUGGAAAGAUGCGACGUGGUCUCGGCAGCUCUGCCUCAAACUAG